CGCCGUCCCUCAGGCUUUGGCUCGCGGCAUUGAGUCGCGUUUCUCCUUCAGUCUCGGGGUUCUGGGCCGGGUGGGCUGUGAGAGUGGCGGGCGAGGCCUCAGCGCUCCUAAUGUCCCGUCUGCGGCCCUGAGGAGCCCGGCAGCGGCUGACAAGAGCGGGUCGGGGGGAGCGGGCGCUGCAUCCCGCGCUUCGGCACCUGUGGGGGAAGCGUUGGUGUGGGAGCGCAGCUCUAAGGAUGUGCAGGAUGUCCUCCGCCCUUUUCACUCGAAGUAACUGAGAAGGACAGGAGCUCAAGAUGAGAACCAACAAGGUGUACAAGCUGGUCAUACACAAGAAGGGCUUUGGAGGCAGCGAUGAUGAACUGGUGGUGAAUCCUAAAGUAUUUCUUCAAAUCAAGCUGGGAGAUGUCGUGGAAAUUGCACAUCCAAAUGAUGAAUACAGCCCUCUGCUCCUGCAAGUGAAAUCACUGAAGGAAGACUUGCAGAAAGAAACAAUAAGUGUGGAUCAGACUGUUGCACAGGUUUUCCGACUGCGGCCGUACCAGGAUGUCCAUGUGAAUGUUGUUGACCCAAAGGAAGUGACCUUGGACUUGGUGGAACUGACUUUUAAAGAUCAGUAUAUUGGCCGUGGGGAUAUGUGGCGACUGAAGAAAAGCUUGGUCAGCACCUGUGCAUAUGUCACCCAGAAGGUGGAAUUUGCAGGUAUCAGGGCACAAGCAGGUGAACUGUGGGUUAAGAGUGAGAAAGUCACUUGUGGAUACAUCAGUGAGGACACACGGGUGGUCUUCCGCUCCACUUCUGCCAUGGUUUAUAUUUUCAUCCAGAUGAGCUGUGAAAUGUGGGAUUUUGAUAUCUAUGGGGACUUGUACUUUGAGAAAGCUGUGAAUGGUUUCCUUGCUGACCUCUUCACAAAAUGGAAGGAGAAGAAUUGUAGCCAUGAAGUGACAGUGGUUCUAUUUUCCAGAACGUUUUAUGAAGCAAAAUGUAUAGAUGAGUUUCCUGAAACACAUCGUGCAUCCAUCCGGCAGGAUCACGAGGGAAGGUUUUAUGAAGAUUUUUACAAAGUUGUAGUUCAGAACGAGAGACGAGAAGAGUGGACCUCAUUGCUUGUGACCAUUAAAAAGCUUUUCAUCCAGUAUCCUGUGCUGGUUCGACUGGAGCAAGCAGAGGGCUUUCCUCCAGGUUUCAAUUCUACAUCAGCACAAGGGAACUACUUGGAGGCCAUAAAUCUUUCAUUCAAUGUGUUCGACAAGCAUUACAUAAACAGGAACUUUGAUCGGACUGGGCAGAUGUCAGUGGUCAUCACCCCUGGCGUGGGUGUGUUUGAAGUCGAUCGCCUCCUUAUGAUUCUGACCAAGCAGCGGAUGAUAGACAAUGGCAUUGGCGUGGACUUGGUAUGCAUGGGAGAGCAACCAUUGCACGCUGUGCCGCUCUUUAAGCUCCAUAAUCGCUGUGGACCUGGGGAUUCCAGGCUGGGUGAUGACUACAACAUUCCACACUGGAUAAACCAUAGUUUCUACACGUCCAAAAGCCAGCUUCAGUGUAACAGCUUCACUCCACGGAUCAAACUGGCAGGAAGGAAACCACUGAUUGAGAAAACAAAAAAUAGCCGAGAUGCCUCAUUAGGAGCUCCGAAAGAUGCUGAGAAUGCCCUGCCCAUCCAGGUUGAUUACGAUGGCUAUGAUGCCCAGGUGUUCAGACUGCCAGGUCCAUCCAGAGCUCAACGCUGCACCACUUUUAGCAGAUCCGUGAGGGAGAGAGAAAGUCGUACCAGAAAGAGCUCUAGUUCCUAUGAUGUCUCAUGCAGCCCUUCUCUGCAGAGCCGCACGCUGCCCCCAGAGGAGGUGAGGAGCCAGGCUUCUGAUGACAGCUCACUGGGCAAGAUCUCCAACAUCCUGAUGAUCCCACGGCCUCACCUGCAUCAGUAUGAAGUCAGCAGCUCUUUGGGCUAUACCAGCACCAGAGAUGUCCUUGACAACAUGCUGGAGUCUCAGCAGCGUGACUCCAGUGCCCCAGGGAGGUUCCACGUUGGCAGUGCAGAAUCCAUGCUACACAUUCGGCCUGGGGGAUACACACCCCAGAGAGCACUGAUCAAUCCAUUUGCUCCAUCACGCAUGCCCAUGAAGCUUACAUCUAACAGGAGGCGCUGGAUGCACACUUUUCCUGUGGGUCCAUCAGGAGAAGCUAUCCAGAUUCAUCACCAAACCCGACAGAAUAUGGCAGAAAUGCAGGACAGUGGGCAGCAGGAUUUGACACACUCCUCUGCUGAGCUGCUGGAGCUGGCUUAUCACGAGGCAGCUGGCAGGCACAGCACUUCUCGGCAUCCAGGUGACGGUGCCUCCUUCCUGAGCUUCAGUGGCACAGAGGAGUAUUCCAACGGUCUGGCUGGCAGCAAUGGUGCAGGGAUGAACCUCAAAACUCAGAACAAGGAUUCAUCAGAAGAUGCUCUCUCUAACUCUCCAGAUCCAAUUCUGACACUGUCUGCUCCCCCCGUAGUGCCAGGCUUCUGUUGUACAGUUGGAGUGGACUGGAAAUCUCUCACUACCCCGGCGUGUCUCCCUCUUACCACUGACUACUUCCCCGACCGCCAGAGCCUGCAGAAUGACUACACUGAGGGCUGCUAUGAUCUGCUCCCAGAAGCUGACAUGGACAGGAGAGAUGAGGAAGGAGUGCAGAUGACAGCCCAGCAGGUGUUUGAGGAGUUUAUUUGUCAGCGUCUCAUGCAAGGCUAUCAAAUUAUCGUGCAAUCUAAACCACAGAAGCCAGCCACAACUGUGCCACCCCCGCUCAGCAGCAGUCCCCUUUACAGUCGAGGCCUUGUUUCAAGAAAUCGACCUGAGGAAGAAGAUCAGUACUGGCUGAGCAUGGGCCGUACUUUCCACAAAGUGACAUUAAAAGACAAAAUAAUUACUGUGACUCGAUAUCUGCCCAAGUAUCCAUAUGAAUCUGCUCAGAUAAACUACACUUACAGCUUGUGCCCCUCUCAUUCUGACUCUGAAUUUGUCUCUUGCUGGGUAGAGUUUUCCCACGAGAGAUUAGAAGAAUACAAGUGGAAUUACUUGGAUCAGUAUAUCUGCUCUGCUGGCUCAGAGGAUUUCAGCCUUAUUGAAUCACUGAAAUUUUGGAGGACUCGCUUUCUCCUUCUGCCUGCCUGCAUCAGUGCCACAAAACGUAUUAUGGAGGGAGAAGUGCACUGUGAUGUGUAUGGAGACAAGCCCCGUUCUGAUGAGGAGGAGUGGCAGCUCCUCGAUGGCUUCAUUCGCUUUGUGGAAGGUUUGAACCGCAUUCGUCGCCGCCAUCGAUCCGAUCGAAUGAUUCGGAAAGGGUCUGCCAUGAAAGGCUUGCAGAUUGCUGGUCCGCUCCCCACCCACUCUCUGGAGCAGCCUGGGCCUCCCAUUGGGAAGAAAGGAACCUCAGCACUCUCAGCUCUGCUGGAGAUGGAAGCCAAUCAGAAGAGUCUGGGGGAGCAGCAGGCAGCAAUGCUCUCUGGGAAGAGCUCUGGGCAGCCAUCAGAGAGUGGGAGCAUUGCUAUCACACCCACCUACAUGGACAGCCCUCGUAAGGAUGGGGCCUUCUUUAUGGAUUUUGUUCGCAGCCCUCGCUCAGCUUCAACUUUCUUCUCACAGGUCUCUAUAGAUCAAUCAGUUCCUGGAACCUCAGAUGCCAAUACGUUGAUAAACACAGGGCAGUCAGCUGAGAGGGGCAGCACUCAGAGCUUGGGAAGUUCCCAGAGCACAACAGACCAAGGAUAUGUAACAGCUGGUGCUGCAGAGGGCAGCUCUCAGCAGUGCUCAGUAAGCUCUUUGACUUCGUCCUCCACCUUGAUGGAGAUUCUCGAAGCCAUGAAACAUCCUACCACAGGGAUCCAGCUGCUCUCUGAGCAGAAGGGCCUCUCUCCAUCCUGUUUCAUCAGUGCAGAAGUUGUGCAUUGGUUGGUGAAUAACGUGGAAGGUGUGCAAACCCAAGCCAUGGCGAUUGACAUAAUGCAGAAAAUGCUGGAAGAGCAGCUGAUUGUCCAUGCAUCUGGAGAAGCUUUACGAACCUUUAUUUAUGGCUUUUAUUUUUACAAGAUUGUUGUGGACAAAGAACCUGACCGAGUGGGCAUGCAGCAGCCUGCCAUGUGGCACACAGCUGCCAUGGAUGACUUCUCUGCCUUCCAGAGGAAAUGGUUUGAGGUGGCCUUUGUGGCAGAAGAGCUCCUGCACUCGGAAAUCCCCGCGUUUUUCCUGCCCUGGCUGCCCAGCCGCCCAGCCUCCUAUGCAAGUAGGCACAGUUCCUUUAGCCGCAGUUUCGGAGGACGGAGCCAGGCAGCUGCAUUAUUAGGGUUCCCAAAGAAAUGUUACCAGCUCAUCUGAGGCAAGGAGCUUUACUAAACCCAGAUGACAUCUGGUCCACGUGACUUCAUUUGUUCCUCUCUUGGCUUUGAUUUGGUUGUGGAUUUUCUUUCUUCCCCUCCCCACCUUCCCUAAAUGUCAGGCUGUGAUAUAAAACUGCAUGCAAGCAUUGGGAGCUCUGGAACAAGCUCCACGGAUCUCUAAAAUCUUUUUCCCUCCCAGUUCCCCUAUAAUUGCCCAGUGAUUGUCCCCUUUCCUUCCCAGUGGAAGUCUGACCUGUGAUACACUUAAUCUUGUCCCUUCCGAUUUAUAGCAAUGCAUGCACUAGCCAUUUUAGUCGUGUAUGUAGUGUAGUCUGUGACUGGAGAAUAACCUGCCUGCUCCUCUCCGAUGUACUCAAUAAAUCCUUAGUUAAAUACUUGCUAGAACAAGUCAAUUGGAAGCAGGUGAGUUCUCUUAAAGUCGGGUCUAUGGAAGGCAGGGUGUUUAAUCAGAAUUAAAUCGGUUUCAAUCUGAAGCUUUAAAUUCAGUGACGUGGAUAUUUCACAUCUGUUUGUAAGGUCCUUGUGAUUAGCUGACCUGGUUGGACUGCCUUCCUGGUGCCUUGCCUUUGAAUUACAGCUGCAGGCAAGGUGGAGAGGCGGACUGCAACCCUAAUGGGGAGGUUGUGUUGUCUGGAAAAAAGAACAGCCUGAGGGAGCAGGGAGCUCAUUCUUCACUGUGUGUUGCUUCACACACACUGGUCUGUAAUGUUACAACUGACAGCUAACAACUGGUAUCUGCCCAGCUAAGCUGCUUUCACUUUUGGGAUUUGCUUUCCACCAUCUCAGAAUGGGAUUCAUACUUCAUUACAAAACUGACACUGUAAUCUUGUAAUGCACGUUGAUAAUCCACUGAAAAGGAGCAAGAAAAUGGGAAUCCAAGAUGUUGCUCUGUUUGACUAUAGCAGACAAACAUAGAUUUUAUUUACAAAACAAAGCUGGAUGGUGUUCUUCCAUUUUUCCUUUAUUUUUAUCUGUUCCUAAGCUGCAGUAAUGGCAAUAUAAAAUAUUGGCUUUUAACCUUGAAAAUCGUGUCCUGCCAACUUAGAGUAGAAGUGGAGGUGGGAACUGUCCCAUCUACUUCAGGACCAACUUCAACCAUUUUUUAGUGCCAUUAAGUCAUUAAAUGAUGAGGUUGUUUAAAAGUUGACCUCAUAAAAGAGUGCAUGUGAGCCUCUACUUAAGCAAGAAAUAGCAGUAUGCAUCCCUUGUGCAUCAAUCUGAAAGGAAAAAGAAAAAAAAGCCACCACAAGUUUUUCAACAGUGGUUUUGCAGCCCUUCGUUUCUGUCAGUAUUUAACUUUAUGGAAAUGUGAAAUGAUUCUCUUGUACAAAGAAAAGUUGGAAGUGACAGCAGUGGUUCAUAGCAGAACUUCAGACUGAAGCUCAGGUGAUCUGAUUUCUGUCCCUGACCUCGCAGUCCCCUUGUGACACCACACAGGUCUACUCCACUUCCUUUGCUUCCGUUUCUCUUUUACUUGAUACCUGGGAUUUUCUUUCACUGGGAUGCUGGGCUGUAGGGCACAGGAGGAGAUGCAUCUUGGGCACUGUUCCAGCACUUACUGCAAGGCAGCACGGAGUAUUGCAGUGAUGCUAACACUGCUGCAUGUGUCUUGGCUGACUUUUCUUGCUUUUACAAAAAGCACUGUAUGUGCAGUUAUAUAUGUAUAUAGCCACGUGGUAAUGUGGGAUAUUGAUAUGGGGCUAAAGAUACACAGAGUUCAAUUUCUAAUCUCCCUUGGCUCUAGGAAGUCCUGGAAUGCUCCUGCCCUGUGCAGCAGCACCAUGUGAUUUCUCAUGGGGUCACAUAGAGGUACUAAAACCAAACUGGCUGUGAAGGAGAUGGGGCUGCCUCGCUGUUUGCUCUGAUGCCACCAGUUGAUGACCUUCUUGACUCUUGGUUCUGUAUCUUCAUUGCAACUUAAGUGCCUGUUCAUUUCUUGGGAAGAUAAUUCUAUGACAUAGCCCCCCUCCCCAUUUGAGCAAUACUUUUAUUUUAUUUUUGCCUUUUUUGAUCUACAUAGGCAGCAUUCUGGGACCAUUCUGCAACUCAAAAACAUUUGGGGAGGAGUGGGAGGACAAAUUCAUUUCGAGUAGCUUGUCUUGUUUUGUUUUUCUUUUACCCAACUUCCCUCCUUCUCUUGAGUACAUCUUUUAAAUGUACCCCUGUUCCUUGGCUGUGUAGCUGCUACAGUGCCUGAGCAACGGACGGUGACACUUGAUGUGGAUGUGAAUAACCGCACGGACCGGCUGGAGUGGUGCAGUUGUUACUAU